CCGACCUGAGUGCAGUGGAAAAUAAAUAUGAAAAUAGUAGAGAAGUUUGGAGGUGAAAUGUAAGUUUAACCUUUAACUGCUCGCACUGGUGUAAAAAAUACACCAAAUUGGUGCCAACCGCUGCUGAUUCCAUACAAUCACUUUUUCGGCAUCACCGAGCUAGCUAUGCUUCGCUCGAUGUUUCUUCCAAAUGCAGUGCCAAUACGGUUUUGAUCGCCUAAGUAGAAGGUCAAAUAUCCCGAGAAGUUUGUCGUGGUGUACAGAAUACACCAACGCGAGUAAUUAUGCAUCGAAUAAAGAUAAAAAAUCCGAAAGGCUUAACCCAAAAUGAAUUGGAAGCUGUGGCCCAGGUUCUAUGUGAUACGGAUUCCGAAGAAGAAAUUGGCGGGGAAGGUGACAUAUCUGAUGAAAAUAAAGAUAUAGAGGAAGACAAACACAAUUCAAACUCCGAACAAGAAAUAAGUGAGCAAGAAGAACAAGAUAAAGUGGAAGAUGAUCAAAGUUCAGGCUCCGAAGAUGUUCCUCUCUCCGUGUUAGUGGCCAAUAGAGAAGGUCAGUAUGUUGGCAAGGAUAAAACAACUAUUUGGUAUAAAAGUUACCCUAUGUGUAAAUCUACUAAACCCAAAAGCAAAAAUAUAAUAAAAAUACUACCAGGGCCAAAGCAAUGCGCCCGUGACAUAACUGAUGAGAUGAGUGCUUUCUCAAAAAUUGUUGAUGAUGAAAUGAUUGAACAUAUCAUUCAGUAUACUAAUAGGAAAUUUCAAAAGUUCGGGCAAAUUUUAAUCGAGAAAGAGACGCAAAGGACGUUACAAAAACGGAAAUGCUUGAUUUUAUUGGGUUAUUGUUUUUAUCUGUAUGUAAGAAGCAAAAUCACACCAAUUUUUUGGAAUUAUGGACGAAAGACGGAACCGGAUCAGAAAUAUUUCAAGCUUGCAUAAAUUAUCAAAGAUUUCUUUUUUUGCUAGCAAAUAUUAGAUUUGAUGACAAAGGAAGAAGGAACGAAAGAAAAUAAAACCGAUAAGCUAGCCCCGGUGCGAUUUAUUUUGGACAAAUUUAUUUAUAAUUCAGAAAAAAACUACUCUCUUGGUGAAUUUAUGACCAUAGAUGAAAUGUUGAUUGCAUUUAGAGGAAGGUGCAGCUUUGUCCAGUACAUACCCAACAAACCUGCCAAAUAUGGGUUGAAGGUGUUUGUGCUUUAUGAUGCUAAAACAUUUUAUGUCAGUAAAUUAGAGCUCUACUGUGAAAAACAACCAGACGGUCAAUACAAUCAAUUAAACUCGCCAACUGCCAUAGUUCACCGAUUGUUGGAAGAACAGAAAGGAAGUAACCGGAAUUUAACUUGCGACAAUUGGUAUUCAAGUUACCCUUUGGCACUGGAGCUGUUACAAGAUAAAAUAACAUUUAUCGGGACUCUAAAAAAAAUAAACGGGAGCUGCCAAUUGAGUUUUUGCCAAAUAAAAAUCGAUUGGUUGGGUCAUCCAUUUUCGGAUUUCAAAAGGAUGUAACCAUAGUUUUAAGUGUCAAAAAAAAAUAAAUUCGUUGUUUUGAUUUCUACUAUGCACGACGACUCUUCUAUUGACCCAAAUACCAACAAACCUGAAAUUAUAUUGGAUUAUAAUAUCACAAAGGGGGGUGUGGACACAGUGGACAAAAUGUACAAUACGUUUUCUGUUGGAAAAAGAACAAGGAGAUGGCCAUUGGCUUUUUUCUUUUUCAGUUACUAAAUAUAGCAGGAAUCAAUAGCCAAAUUUUAUAUAACGCCACUCAUCCUUAUUUUCCUCACAAAUACAGAAGACUUUUCCUAAAAUCGCUUUCUCUGUCAUUGAUGAGACCUCAUUUGUCUGAAAGAGCUGCAAUAUCUACUUUACCUAUAGAUAUCAGACAUUUUCUAUCUAGGUAUAGAAAAGCUCAAGUAAACGACGCAGAGGAAGGGCCACCCACAAAAAUCAGAGGAAG